AUGGGGGCUGAACAACCGCAACAACAGCCUCCUCCUCCUCCGCCGACCCCACCCGUGAGAUUUCCAUUCUCUCAAGUCACCACUUGAGCAAAACUUUAUCCUGUUGAGGAAUGCAGUAAGAAUGCGUGGAGGACGCGCCUGCGCCGUGACGCUGUUGUAACACAGUUAGUAGUUAGUAGUAAAACAAGUAGUUUUCUACUUUCGGUGAUGCGAGCGGACGAGGACCAUGAGCACCAACGACAUCUACGAGAUGGACCCCGUGAAUGAUGACCUGGAGGGGGGCUCUUCCUCGGCCAUAAUAGAAGAGGAAGUCGUUUACCCCGAGGAGUUUUUACCAACGUAUCACAGUAUUAAAGAAGGAGCAACAAUCACCAAAGCGCUGCUGGUCGAGUUUAACGACAAACCCGACUCCCUGUUCUUCAACGACGGCGUGCGGAGGAUCGACUUUAUCCUCGUCUACGAAGAUGAGGAUAAGAAGGAGUUUGAGAAGAGGCACACGUUUCAGCGGCACAAGCGGCGGCGAGAGUACUUUGAGGCCAGCCUGAUGGAGAUGGGAAUGGAGCUGGAAGCGACUAAAUCUGUAAUAGACGACAAACUGCUAUUCGUGAAAGUCCACAUGCCGUGGGACGUGCAGUGCACCUACGCCGAAGUCCUGCACAUCAAGCUUCCCAUCCAGCUCAACGACCAGUCCCUGCGCCCCUCCCCGUUGCGCUUCUUCUCCUGCAUCACCAAGCGCUUCUACCCCAACGAAGACCUGAUCACCAAGGAGGCAGAGUUCUUUACCGCCCCCUUCGAGAAGGACCGCCUGGAUCUCUUCUACGUGAGGGACAAAGACGUCUUCUUCACUGCGUCCAUGAGGAGCAGAAUGGCAUUUUACAUCCUGAGUCGUGCUCCCUAUGAAAUACGAGGGAAGAUUAAGAAGUUUGGCAUCACCAAACUGCUGGAUGGAGGAGUGUACAAAGCCGCCUAUCCCCUCCAUGACUGCAGGUUCAACGUCACGUCCAAAGAGGAGAGCUGCCCCAACGAGAGAUUCCUGCUCUAUGAGGAAUGGGCUCAUCCAAAAAGCUUCUACAAGAUGCAACCACUUAACCUCAUUCGGAAGUAUUAUGGAGAGAAGAUUGGCAUUUACUUUGCCUGGUUGGGUUUCUACACAAGGAUGCUGGCUCUGGCUGCUGUUGUGGGACUCAGCUGUUUCAUUUAUGGAUACAAGACUCAAGAAACCAGCACCUGGAGCAAGGAGGUGUGCAGUCCUGACAUUGGAGGGAAUAUUGUGAUGUGUCCGCAGUGUGACAGAGAAUGCAACUACUGGAAGUUGAACAGCACCUGCGAAGCUUCGAAAAAACUUUGCAUAUUUGAUAACUUUGGAACAUUGGUGUUUGCAGUUUUUAUGUCAAUCUGGGUCACUUUGUUCCUGGAGUUUUGGAAGCGUUACCAGGCGGAGCUGGAGUACACGUGGGACACCGUGGAGUUUUUGGAGCAGGAAGAGCCACCGCGCCCAGAAUAUGAAGCAAAGUGCAUCCAUGAGAGGAAGAACCCCGUCACAGGGGUCAAAGAACUCGUGCCCCACACAGCCUGUGAACGAUGUGUUCGGGUGUCAAUAGGAAUUGGCACCGUCUUAUUCUGGAUUCUGUUGAUCCUGGCGUCCAUUGUGGCCAUCAUCGUUUACCGCCUGGCGGCCUUUUUCGCCUUCUCGGCUAAACUCAGAGCGCAGGACCUGAAGGAACUGGAGCCCUUAAAGGAGUAUGUGACGCCUCAGAUGGCCACUUCUGUCACAGCCUCCCUCAUCAGCUUUGUCGUAAUUAUGAUCCUCAACAUUCUCUAUGAGCGCGUCGCCAUCUGGAUCACAGAUUUUGAGCUGCCCCGGACCAAGACCGACUACGAGAACAGCUUGACCAUGAAGAUGUUCCUCUUUCAGUUCGUCAACUAUUACUCCUCGUGUUUCUACAUCGCUUUCUUCAAAGGGAAGGCGGUUGGCCAUCCCGGGGAUCCGGUUUACCUCUUGGGAAAAUACCGGAACGAGGAGUGCGAUCCCGGUGGUUGUCUGAUUGAGCUGACGACUCAGCUGUCCAUCAUCAUGGGCGGGAAAGCCAUCUGGAACAACAUCCAAGAAGUCUUGCUACCGUGGGUGAAGAAUUUGAUUUUACGCCACUGCACGCGUGGGGCUUCAGAGGCGGCGAUUCCUCGCUGGGAGCAGGACUACCGACUGCAGCCCCUCCCAAAACUAGGACUGUUCUAUGAGUAUCUGGAGAUGGUCAUCCAGUUUGGCUUCGUGACCCUGUUCGUUGCCUCCUUCCCUCUGGCGCCGAUCCUGGCUCUGGUCAACAACGUGUUCGAGAUCCGAGUGGACGCCUGGAAAAUCACCACCCAGUUCCGCCGCAUCGUGCCGGAGAAGGCGCAGGACAUCGGCGCCUGGCAGCCCAUUCUUCAAGGCAUCGCUAUAUUGGCCGUUGCGACAAAUGCGAUGAUCAUCGCUUUCACAUCCGAUAUGAUUCCACGUUUGGUCUACUACUGGUCUUUCUCUGUGUACCCGUAUGGAGAUCACUCCAACCACACCAUGCAGGGGUACAUCAACAGCUCGCUGUCUGUAUUCAACAUAGACGACUUCUCCAAUUAUAGCAAGCCCUUGAUGACGCCUUACAACAUCACCACCUGCAGGUAUCGAGAUUUCCGAUACGGUCCCGGGCACCCGAGGCAGUACGAGUACACAAUCUACUACUGGCACGUGAUCGCUGCCAAGAUGGCUUUUAUUAUCGUUGUAGAGCACAUUGUUUACCUCACCAAGUUCAUCCUGUCCUACGUGAUCCCGGACGUCCCAUACGCUGUCAGAGAACAGAUCAAACGAGAGAAGUACCUGACCCAGGUUGUCCUCCACGAGACCAACCUCAAGCUGGUGACCAAGCGUCGGAAAAUAGUCGAUGACGGGACGCUCACCUUCGGGAAGGUGACCCUGACCGGGCAGGAGAUGGAACUUGAUUUCUGAAAGUAGCCCGUAUGGACGAAGACAUCAGACCAUACAGUUACACACAUGACUACAAAGUUUUUUGAGGGACUUAGCCACGUGUGUUAACACCUUGUGAACCAGUAACAAAGUAACCACUUAUUCACUUACUCGUCGAAUGUCCUCACACGCUGGACUCCCGUGGUAAAAGGAACAGUGCAUCUAACCUCAAUCACCGCUAAGAGUGCCUUUGAUUCAUGCAUUGAUUAUUGCGCAACUUGUUUUUGAUGUUGCAGCAAACACUUUCUUAAAUCAGUGCCACACACUUUGUAACUUUAGUAACACCAACUAUUUGGUGGAUGAGCAAAUAAAUAUAAACAAUCUUAGCUUCGCUCUUCCAGGACUUAGUAUCCCAAGGUCUUCAAUCGCAGAUGGAAAUUGUGUCCCUAGCACUUAUAGGACCGUGUUGGUCUAAAGGAAGACAUUGAACAAUGGUCAAAAGCGCUUUAUAAAAAGCUAAAAAGCUAUUGUGUAGACCUUGUUUUUUUUGUCUAAAACAUUUUAUGUAUAUUUUUAUCAACAUUGGCUUCUAGUUUAAUUACUAUAUUUCAUUUUAACUUGGAUAUAUCGGCACUGCUAUGCAUCAGUCUGCAUAACCGGUUUGGUUGUAUACUGUCAUCAAAUAUCAGUGUUAUUAUAUACAAAAAGCCACUACUCUCAAAUACAUUGUUGAUGAUGAAUAUGUAUUUUUUAAAUAAAUUUAAAGCUGAACGCUAUUCCAGCAUUACACCGAAUGGCUAUUCAGUUUGGCAAAUAUUUUUCAGUAAAAGGAAUUAAUGGCAGUCUUGUGAAGUACAGUUUCCUUCUCUAUUCACGUACUCUGAUUUCCUGUACUGUUUAUGCACUUUGUACUUAAAGAGUUCUACUCCUGUGCCAUGCAAUGUGACGCACAACAUUUUAAGGUACAAGUUUUGUCUUGUGACAGACAUUAUUUUGGUAUUUCCUGUGUUAUUGCUGAACUCUAUGAUCAACAACUGUGCUGUAUUGUUGCCUCACCUUGUGAUUAAAAUCAAUGUACCAUACAUCAAUAUAGUACCAAACAGUGUCAUAUACCAGCAUUAUCUGGGGGUGUCUAUCUUGUAUUUUUGAUUUAUUUUGUCGGUGCCAUAAAAUGUGUUUUAAAGCUGUCCAAGGAUUAAAAAAACGUUUCACCGUUA